CAUAACAGUCUACAAGGGAGCGGUGUCACACCUGCAUUACCGAGUGAGAAUAUAUUUUUCACACCUCCAGCAAUAUCCUCCCGCUCUGAAGAGAAUAAAUUGAAUAAAACUCCAUUGAUUCAAUCAACAUCAGGUGUUUUAUAUGUACAUCGGACGGAGGGUUUACUACUCCCCAGAACUUUAACUUUGCCUUCCAUACGUGAAGAAGAAUUUCGUCGAACACUACUACGACGCGACACACAUCUCUCAUCGACACCAUUACACCCUAUCGGAGGAUUAACGACUAACGACCUAAAUUAUGGAAUCACUGAUCUUGCCCCUGGUAUACCGUGUCGGGAAGCUAGAACUUUACAAUUAGAAAUACCAGGUGGCAUAAAUUCUACUAUCGAAGUUUCUGAAGUUCUAGGAACUAUCGUAGCAACUGCUGAAGAACAUCUAAAUACUAGCCACAUGGAAAUGCCGGCAGAGGUAUUGCAGGAUCCUGGAACAUUACAACCGGCUGAAACGCUUGAGCCCACUCCUUCAAAUGAGCGUAGAAACUGGUUUGAUGUGCUGAGACAGCGGCAAGUAGACCUGCGUUAUGUGAAAGUGGUGCCGAAUCGACGCAGAAAGCGCCAUCAUACACGUAGGCCACAAACUGGUAAUAGAACAUACAAAAAUGCAAGAAAUGAAAUAAAUGAGGAGAUAGGACUACUUCAAGCUUUGCCGCCCAUGCCAGCCCCGUUAGCCGAAGAUGUAUUUGAGCAUAUUGAAUCGAUCUCAACUAUUAUGGAUAAUCUAGUUGAAUGGCAGCGUAUGUUGAAAUUAUGCUAUCAGGGUGCUGGAAAUACAUCUACGGCGGCGUUCUUGUCAGCAUCUUACUACGCAUACGAUGUGGAAACGCCGAUUGACGCUGACGUUCAACGAUUGCAAAUUAAACUGGAUAUUUUACAAGAGAUUAUACGCAACGUAUCAUUCGACAUUACUAAGACGCCAUUGCAGAGGAAUAAACGAUUUGCCGCUGUUGCUCUUAGUUUCUUAAUAGAACUUCAGUCGGCCGAGAUUAUACAAAUAAAUGAUAAUGGGCACUGCGUUAAAUUGAUAUAAGAGUAUAAAGCCAUUAUACACUUGUAUUCUUUCCUACUUCUGAAUUGUUUUUAAUUAUUUAGAUUUAAUGUUGUUAGUUUUUGAACAAUCUAUUUACAAGUACACUGCCGGCAAAAAGUA